AUGGAGGGCACAGGCAGUGGCUGUGCCGCGGAGCUCCCCCCCCAGUGCACGCUGCCCGACGUGUCUGGGAACCGCACGGAGCCGGUGUUCGAGGUGGCGCUGCACAACAGCUCCUCCAAGCGCAGCCCUCAGUUUGAGGGCGUGGAGCUGCUGCAGUCUUUCAAGCUGCUCAUCAUCCCCUGCUACACCCUGGUGGCCCUGGUGGGCGUCGUCGGCAAUUACCUGCUCCUCUACGUCAUUUGCCGCACCCGCAGGAUGCACAACGUCACCAACUUCUUCAUCGGGAACUUGGCUUUCUCGGACAUGCUGAUGUGUGCCACGUGCGUGCCCUUCACUCUGGCCUACGCCUUCAACCCGCACGGCUGGGUGUUCGGGCGCUUCAUGUGCUACCUGGUGUACCUCAUCCAGCCGGUGACGGUGUACGUGUCCGUCUUCACUCUCACCGCCAUCGGCGUGGACAGAUAUUAUGCCACCGUGCACCCACUGAAGAAGCGCAUCUCGGUGUUGGCGUGCACCUACCUUCUGUCGGGGAUCUGGCUGAUGUCCUGCGGUCUGGUGGCCCCCGCCGUGGCCCACACUUACCACGUGGAGUUCGCGGACGAGGGCUUCACCAUCUGCGAGGAGUUCUGGAUGGGUCAGGAGAGGCAGCGGCUGGCCUACGCCUACAGCACUCUCCUCAUCACGUACGUGCUCCCGCUGUCGGCGCUCUGCAUCUCCUACCUCUGCAUCUCGGUCAAGCUGCGCAACUGCGUGGUGCCGGGCCACCACACCCAGAGCCAGGCCGAGGCCCAGCGCACGCGCAAGCGCAAGACCUUCCGGCUGGUCAGCCUGGUGGUGGCGGCCUUCGGCGUCUGCUGGAUGCCCAUCAGCGUCUUCAACGUGCUGCGAGACAUCGACAUCAAACUGAUCGACAAGCGCUACUUUUUGCUCAUCCAGCUGCUCUGCCACGUGGUGGCCAUGAGCUCGUCCUGCUGCAACCCCUUCCUCUACGCCUGGCUGCACGACCGCUUCCGCGCCGAGCUCCGCAAAAUGUUCACGUGCCGCCGCCGCAUCGGUAUCUCAGCCAACAACUGUGCCACUGCCAGCGUGGUUUUAUGA